AUGGGCGGAGUUCCCUCAAUCCCCACCGACCGGACCCAGACCGUGCAGGUCAUCGGCGCCGGCUACUCCCGCACCGGGACUGUAUCCAUGGCCCUGGCCCUGGAAAGGUUGCUGGGAGAGCCGGUGAUGCAUGGAGGAACGCAGCUGUUUAGCCGAGAAGACGCCUAUGUCAAGCUUUGGUGCGACGCCUUCGCCAACCGCGACAACAAGCCCGUCCUCAUGAAGCUCCUGCGCGAGGCCACGGCCGGCUUUGCUGCCGUCACUGAUGUUCCCACCAACGCCUUCAUCGCCGAAAUGGUCGAGCUGUACCCGGAUGCCAAGGUGGUGCUCGUGACGCGAGAUCCGGAUCGGUGGUUUAACAGCAUGCAGACACUGCUCAAGGACGGCUAUGGGUCAAUGUCGGUGCUCAAGAUGCUUCUGUGGCCAUGUCCUGGCUGGAGGUGGGCGCCAACAUGGUUCAGAUACCUACAGAUUGUGUGA